ACUCCCGACACCCCUGAAAGGCCAUGGUCUCCCCGCGGAUGCCCCAGCUCCGGUUCCAGACACUGAUCCUAACGCUCUUUUUCCUCCCCCAGGCACGGCCAGCUGGCGUCUUCGAGCUCCAGAUUCACUCUUUCCGGCCGGGACCCGGCCCGGGGGCUCCGAGGUCCCCUUGCAGCGCCCGGGGGCCCUGCCGCCUCUUCUUCAGAGUUUGUUUGAAGCCCGGGGUGUCCGAGGAAGCCGCCGAGUCGCCGUGCGCUCUGGGCACGGCACUGAGUGCGCGUGGACCCGUCUACUCUGAGCAGCCUGGAGCGCCGGCGCCUGACCUGCCGCUACCCGACGGGCUCACGCGCGUGCCCUUCCGGGACGCCUGGCCGGGCACCUUCUCUCUCAUCAUUGAAACUUGGAGAGAGGAGUUAGGAGAGCAGAUUGGAGGUCCGGUCUGGAGCCUGCUGGCGCGCGUGGCUGGCCGGCGGCGCCUGUCAGCUGGGGCCCAGUGGGCCCGAGACGUGCAGCGCGCAGGCGCCUGGGAGCUGCGUUUCUCCUACCGCGCGCGCUGUGAGCCGCCCGCCGUCGGGGCCGCGUGCUCGCGCCUCUGCCGCUCGCCCAGCGCCCCCUCGCGGUGCGGUCCAGGACUGCGUCCCUGCGCGUCGGUUGAGGACGAGUGCGAGGCGCCGCCCACAUGUCGAGCAGGCUGCAGCCCAGAGCAUGGCUUCUGUGAGCAGCCUGAUGAAUGCCGAUGCCUGGAAGGCUGGACUGGGCCCCUCUGCACGGUCCCUGUCUUGGCCAGCAGCUGUCUCAGUGCCAGGGGCCCAUCUUCUGCCACCGCUGGAUGCCUUAUACCUGGGCCUGGGGCCUGUGAUGGGAACCCCUGUGCCAACGGGGGCAGCUGUAGUGAGAUACUCGGGUCCUUUGAAUGCACCUGUCCCCGUGGGUUCUACGGCUUACGAUGUGAGGUGAGCGGGGUGACAUGUGCGGAUGGACCCUGCUUCAAUGGUGGCUUGUGUGUUGGGGGCGCAGACCCUGACUCUGCCUACGUCUGCCACUGCCCACCUGGUUUCCAAGGCUCCAACUGUGAGAAGAGGGUGGACCGGUGCAGCCUGCAGCCAUGCCGAAAUGGAGGGCUCUGCCUGGACCUGGGCCACGCCCUGCGCUGCCGCUGCCGGACCGGCUUCGCCGGUCCACGCUGCGAACACGACCUAGACGACUGCGCCGGCCGUGCCUGCGCCAACGGCGGCACGUGCGUGGAGGGCGGCGGCGUGCGCCGCUGCUCCUGCGCGCUGGGCUUCGGCGGCCGCGACUGCCGCGAGCGGGCGGACCCGUGCGCGGCGCGCCCCUGUGCCCACGGGGGCCGCUGCUACGCCCACUUCUCUGGCCUGGUCUGCGCUUGCGCGCCCGGCUAUAUGGGCGCGCGCUGUGAGUUCCCAGUUCACCCCGACGGCGCGGACGGCGCAGGCGCGUUGCCCGCAGUGCCACCAGGUCUGAGGCGGGGGGACCCGCAGCGCUUCCUUUUACCUCCAGCUUUGGGACUACUGGCGGCUGCUGGUUUGGCCGGAGCUGCGCUAUUGUUGUUCCACGUGCGCCGCCGUGGCCACAGCCGGGAUACUGGGUCCCGCCUACUGGCGGGGACUCCGGAGCCACCGGCCCACGCACUCCCUGAUGCACUCAACAAUCUGAGGUCGCAGGAAGGUUGCGAAGACUGCCAGAGUUCGUCUGUAGAUUGGAAUCUGCCUGAAGAUGAAGACUCUCGAGGGAUUUACGUCAUAUCUGCUCCUUCGGUCUAUGCCCAGGAGGUAGCCGCAGCUCCCCAAUCCCACCCGAACCCCGCCCUACUUUUGUAUCCGCCCCGGGAACCUGCUUUGGAGCCACCUUCGUCGCCUGACGAGGAUCCUGUGAGAGAUGUCCGACUAUCAGCCAGGCCCAUCCAAGAACCCGUUCCUGCGUUCAUUCCGUUCCGCACUGAUACCCCGGAGCUUAUCCUGGAGCCCAUCCAGAAGACCAACCCUUCGGCCUCUAAGUUGACGCACCUCCCCCCUCUGAUCCCCUCGAACUUCGCCUUACCGCUUUCUACCGAAUCAACAGCCUCCACCAGUGAGAGCUUUCACAUGGACAACAGAAUCUUGAUUCGAGUGGUCUACUGUGGCCUCUGAAGCUAUGGCCUUCAGUACAUUCUGUUGAGACAGAAUCUGGAGCACCAUUUUCCAAAUCGUCUGCUCUUCGAGGAGGGCAGAGCUGCCCAGGCUACAGGGGAAUUUGAAGUGUUUGUGGACGGGAAAUUGGUCCAUUCCAAGAAGAACGGUGAUGGCUUUGUGGAUGAGAUCAGGCUGCAGAAAAUUGUGAACAUUAUUGAUGAGGAGAUCAAGAAGAGGCAGCAGGAGCCUCGGUAGGAUGACGAGAAGGGCUGAAAUAUUGCCAUGUCAGGUCCUUUUCUGAUGGUGGCUG